GGAUGGGGGGUGGGGGGGCUCUGGCUCUCGUGCACGCCUCCUGGCCCGCUCUUCCAAGGAGGAGGCACUGUGGUCAGAGAAUGGACGUUGGCAUCUCGGGCCGUACUUCCAGUCUGGAACCGGUGGCCACAUCGGCUCCUCCUGCCCCAUUGUGUCGCUUCUGUCCGAUUCGUCCAGGACAGGCCUCUCUCACGUGCCCCCUCUGCUCCUUCAGAGUCUAAGGAAGGGCCCCCUUUCCUGGACCUAGGGCAGGACAGACUUUUAUCUGUUCAUCUGGUUGCCAAGAGGCCCUUCUGGUUGGGGGGGGGCGUGUACUUGGCUAAGAGGAGCUUUGGGGGGAAGAGAGAGGAGCUCCGGGACUCCCCUCGUGUCCUCGGGGUUGUAGGGACUCCAGUCCUUGCCUGGUCUGCCCCCAACGGCUCCCCACACCCGACAGCACUGGUUGGAAUUAGUAUUUCACAGUGGGGUGACGUGGGGCAAGUUCUUGAACCGCAUUCUUUAGCCUCUUGGGUGUUAAGACGCUGUCCUCCAACCCCAGAUGGGACCUUCCUCGAGGAACCCCAGGUUCGCCCAGUGGCCUCCUUCCUCGGGUUGCGGCCUGCUCUUAACGUCCUAGUUAUGCCACCUCCUAGUUCUGAGGCCUCAGACAGAAGAGAGAACUUUUUGAAGCCUCGCCCGUAAAGUGGAGUUAAUAAUACGCCCUGUCUCUUCGGUUUAUGAGGACCGGGUGAAGUAAUGCAGCGCGAGCCCUUCACAUGGUGCCCGGCCCAUAGGGAGCACUCAGUACAUGUUAGCCGAGUGGUUCGGGUUCUGACGGAGGGGGUCGUGGGAGGCACUUGUGGGUUGGGGAGGAGAGCGAGGCUUUGGUUCUCCUCUGGCAGACCCUGCUGGCUGCCAGGCGCUGUCUGAGCACAGGGGAGAGGGGAUGAGGCGGCCUUUCGCAGGGGAGACGUGCCGGAACACGUCGGUUCACUGUAGCCCGGUGCGUCGCUUGAUUUUCUCUGAGACGAGCCCACCCGUCCAGCAAAAUAGAGUCCCUCAGGGUGACGGUUGAUUUCCUGAAGGUGCCCCUUGGCCUGAAGAAGCCGGUGCUGAAGGAGGUGGCUGUGGGGCCCCCCAAAAGGCCCCAGCCUGUGGCCCUGGAGCGCUACAAGGCCCGGCGUUCGGACGCCAUGGACACGGAGUCCCAGUACUCGGGCUAUUCCUACAAGUCGGGCCACUCCCGCAGCUCCCGCAAGCACAGGGACCGCCGGGACCGACACCGCUCUAAGAGCCGAGAUGGGAGCCGCGGCGACAAGUCAGUGACGAUCCAGGCCCCAGGGGAGCCCCUGCUGGACAACGAGUCCACGCGAGGGGAUGAGCGGGAUGACAACUGGGGGGAGACGACCACUGUAGUGACGGGCACCUCAGAGCACAGCAUCUCCCACGAUGACCUCACGCGCAUCGCCAAGGACAUGGAGGACAGCGUCCCGCUGGACUGCUCCCGGCACCUGGGCGUGGCGGCGGGGGCCACGCUGGCGCUGCUCUCUUUCCUCACGCCACUGGCUUUCCUGCUGCUGCCCCCGCUGCUGUGGCGGGAGGAGCUGGAGCCGUGCGGGACGGCCUGCGAGGGCCUCUUCAUCUCCGUGGCCUUCAAGCUGCUCAUCCUGCUGCUGGGCAGCUGGGCGCUCUUCCUCCGCCGGCCCAAGGCCUCGCUGCCGCGCGUGUUCGUGCUGCGCGCGCUGCUCAUGGUGCUGGUCUUCCUGCUCGUCGUCUCCUACUGGCUCUUCUACGGGGUGCGCAUCCUGGACGCCCGCGAGCGCAGCUACCAGGGCGUGGUGCAGUUCGCCGUGUCGCUGGUGGACGCCCUGCUCUUCGUGCACUACCUGGCGGUGGUCCUGCUGGAGCUGCGCCAGCUGCAGCCCCAGUUCACGCUCAAGGUCGUGCGCUCCACCGACGGCGCCAGCCGCUUCUACAACGUGGGCCACCUCAGCAUCCAGCGUGUGGCCGUGUGGAUCCUGGAGAAGUAUUACCAUGACUUCCCCGUCUACAACCCUGCCCUCCUCAACCUGCCCAAGUCCGUCCUGGCCAAGAAAGUGUCUGGCUUCAAGGUGUAUUCCCUCGGAGAGGAAAACAGCACCAACAACUCCACAGGGCAGUCCCGGGCCGUGAUCGCCGCGGCCGCCCGGCGGCGGGACAACAGUCACAAUGAAUACUACUACGAGGAGGCGGAGCACGAGCGGAGGGUGCGCAAGCGGAGGGCCAGGCUUGUGGUGGCGGUGGAGGAGGCCUUCACUCACAUUAAGCGGCUGCAGGAGGAGGAGCAGAAGAACCCCAGGGAGGUGAUGGAUCCCCGGGAGGCCGCCCAGGCCAUCUUCGCCUCCAUGGCCCGUGCCAUGCAGAAGUAUCUACGGACCACCAAGCAGCAGCCGUACCACAGCAUGGAGAGCAUCCUCCAGCACCUGGAGUUCUGCAUCACGCACGACAUGACACCCAAGGCCUUCCUGGAGCGGUACCUGGCGGCCGGACCCACCAUCCAGUACCACAAGGAGCGCUGGCUGGCCAAACAGUGGACACUGGUGAGCGAGGAGCCUGUGACCAGCGGGCUCAAGGACGGCAUCGUUUUCCUCUUGAAGCGCCACGACUUCAGCCUGGUGGUGAGCACCAAGAAGGUCCCGUUCUUCAAACUCUCCGAGGAGUUUGUGGAUCCCAAGUCGCACAAGUUUGUCAUGAGGCUGCAGUCUGAGACGUCGGUGUGACUGAGCAGCGGCAGGGGUGACGCCAGGGCUCCCGCGGGUCGGGGAGAGCUUGGCUCUCGCCUCCUGCCGCCCUGCCUCCUCCCGCUCCCUUUUACUUGAAUGGACUCCCCCCACUCUCCCGCCGCCCGACUGCUCCCCACUCCUCCUUAGUCGCCCCCCACCCUCCCCCCGUGAGCCUGGAGAGGCCACCUGCGUCAGCAGUGCCUGGGAUCCUCUCUCUCUCUCCCCUCCCCCGCCAGCCCUUACUUGGUGUCAUCGUGCAGGAAUCCGUGCCUGUCCCCCCUCUGCCUCCGGAUGGCACUCUCUUCUGGGAGGGCAUGGGGUCCCCCGGAGCCCCACCCCCAAACCAGGCUCUCGUGCAGUUUUCUCCUGUGGCCCCGACAGGGUGUCGCCAGGGGACAGACAGGACAACACGGAGCCACCGUGCCAAACUUCUCCAGACGGUGGGUCAUCCGCUGCUCCUGCCCGCCCAGCUGGCCCGCCACAGACGCCGAGUUUGUGGGGCAGGGUGCUCUCGCACCCCCCCCCCCCCCCCCAAGCU